CGUAAAAUUUAAUCCAUUGUCAGUAUUGUGAUAAUUUUCCUCGAAACCACAAAUGAAACCUCUGAUGUCAUUUACUCUAACCUCAAGAUUUUAGAAUAAGAUUUUACGUUAUAUUUUGAAAUUAGUGAAAAUAGUGAAAUUAUUGAAAUGGCAGAAAUAUUGCCGACUGCAAUUGAGCAAGAACUACUUGGAAUAAAGCAUUUAUUAUGGGGAAACGAAGUCAAACCAGAUAUAUUCAAAAGAUGGUCUCAAGGAUUCCACUUCAGCGAAAAUGAACCAAGUGCUUUAGAACAAAUUAGUGGUGGACCAUGUGCAAUACUAGCACCUGUUCAAGGGUUCAUUUUAAAGAAUUUUUUGCUAGAAUACAGAGACUUAACGUUUAGGGACAGGGUCAAUUCGGAGAUUGUAAGCAGUAAAUUGAUAGAUGCUCUGAUAGAGAUUCUCGAACAGUGUAAAACACAAAAAUAUCAUUUGGUAUGCUUGAACCAUGACGCGGUAAAAAGUAGCAAGGAAAAUGAGGCAAAAUGUGAUAUUCUGGAACAGAAAAAUGAUGGUCGUUAUUUCUACCACAACAUAAACACCCCCUCAGAAUUUCACGAGAAAUUAAAAGUUGUGACGUAUGAAAGCAUCGAGGAUGUGAGAAGGCAUUUCAUAGAGAAUAUCGGCAGCAUUAAAUCUCAAUUCGGGAUUCUCCUAUUCCUUUAUUCUGUGAUAUUUACGAAAGGUGUAGAACAAGUCAAAAUCGAGUCAGAAUCUACAGAUCCACUAAUUGAUGAGACUUAUGGCUAUGGAAGUCAAAGUCUAAUCAAUUUGAUGAUAACAGGACGAGCCACCACCUACGUUUGGGACAACGAACAAGAUGUUGGGGGUUUAAGACUCAAAGGUAUCGCUGAACAAGGUACUAUAGGCUUCAUAACGCUAAUGGAACAUUUACGGUUUUGCACUGUCGGAUCCUUCUACAAAAACCCAAAAAAUCCCGUAUGGGUGGUUGGUUCCGACACUCACCUCACAGUUUUAUUCAGUGAUGAAUUUAGGCUGGUCAGUCCGGAAACAAAGAGUGAGGAGGCUAGAAGAGUAUUUAAGAGUAACGAUCCAGACGGGAACAAUUUCAUUGAUUCUAAAUAUUUAGGGAACAUUCUAGAAACGCUAGGACUUUGUAGUGAACAGGAAUAUGUGGAUAUAAUGAGAAGGAAGUUGGACUCGGAAAGCCUUGGUAUCAUCCUAUUGAAUGCUUUUAUGGAAGAAUUUUUUCCCAAGGAAGAGACAUCUACACCAGAUAUGUUCAGAUUGGUGCAUUAUAAUGGAUUAGCAAGUAGCAAUGUAAAUGGCGCGGUAAAAUAUCAAAUUGGUUCUGCCAUUCUGCUCGAGAUGGACCUGAAAUCAAUUUGCGAGUCCAAUCCAGUUUUGACGGUUUUACAAACUAAAUGGCCGAACAUCGAGGUUAGCUGGGAGAAAAAUGUAAUGCCUUCGUUGAAUUGAUUAUGUGGAGAUGUGUGAUGUCUUACCGUACUAUGUUCGUUACAAGUAUGCAACUUUUCUUUUGUGUACGCAUUUAUACAUUAUGUAGAUUUUAUAAACAGAGUCUUUGUUAAAAAUAUGGACGCCAAUGAAAAUGUUAUUUCUUCUGAAACAAAAUAAUAAAUUUGAAGUUAUUGAA